AUCAGUUUAAUCAUGAAGGCUUUCAUCGUUUUGGUUGCUUUGGCUUUUGCCGCUCCCGCUUUCGGUCGCACCAUGGAUCGCUGUUCCCUGGCCCGUGAGAUGGCCAAGUUGGGUGUUCCCCGUGACCAGCUCAGCAAGUGGACCUGCAUUGCCGAGCACGAGAGCUCUUACCGUACCGGCAUUACGGGCAAAAAGAACAAGAACGGCACGAAUGACUACGGUAUCUUCCAGAUUAAUAACAAAUUCUGGUGCGAAUCUGACGGCGUUCGCUCCCACAACAUGUGUAAAAUUAGCUGCAAUGAUCUGUUGACCGAUGACAUCACCAACUCCGUCCGUUGCGCCCGGAAGAUUCAGGGCACCAAGCAGGGCUGGAACUCUUGGUCAACCUGGAAGUUCUGCAAGGGAGAUGUGCCCUCCAUCGACUCAUGCUUCUAAGCGUUUUCGAACUCGUAUUAAUUAAUUUAUAAAAGCAUACUCAAUCGCACGAUUAUUUAAUAUAUGCGUCGAAUAAAUUAUUUUAAAGAAA